UACGACGGAUUUCCGUUAAUUGUAGGGAGUCAUCGACGGAUUUCCGUCAAUUACACUGUUCCGCCUGUCCUUAAUGUUUUAAAUUCACUUUUCAUAAUUUUAAUGCUGUAUAUAUAGGCUUACAUUUCUCAAAUAGUGUAAUAAAUGUCUUAAUUUUAGUUUAAAUAGGUCUUAAAUUAAGGAAAGACAAAGUGUAUUCAGCCUGCUGAGGAGGAUGUGAUCAAAGCCUGGAGUGGAGCGAAUGCACGUUCCUCUCUUCACUAUAAGCGUUUUGUUAUCACUCCGGUAUGGAUCCACUCCGGGUUUUGGUUUAGUUUUGAAGAAGUACAUGUCAGGCUACGGCUGAGGUAUAAUUACAUUUAAGAUAGCAUGGACACACUUAUAAUGCAGGAAGGCUCCGAUGUUUCGGAGAUUGAUAAAAGUGUAAAAAAUAAAUGGAGAUGGGCUUGGCUUAGCGAAAUUGGGAAGAAUGGCAAGCCUUUUAGUUCGUGGGCUAAAAAAAUCAAACAACCAGGUACGUGUCUUUGCACAGUAUGCCACAGGAAAUUUCAAUAUGGCAAUAAUGGCAAAAAAGUGCUAGCUCGCCAUCAAUCAGAAGCUAGUCACAAUGCUGCCGUUCGUGCUCUACAGUACACAUGCUCCCUGCCUGGUGCGACAAGUACCACAACGGAGAUUCAUGCAUCUAUGGCCGACCGUGUGUGCGAUGUAAAAGUGCGCAUAUGUUCUUUCAUAGCGGAGCAUGACCUGUCGUUCACAGUCUCACAACCGCUAGUUAAUUUAAUGCAAUCAGUUGUCAAAGACAAGAGUGCACUUUCAAGAUUGUCUAUGUCUAAUGCACAUGCCUCCUACUUGUGCACACAUGGCAUUUCUGCUUAUUGGAAAUCCGAAUUGUCAUCUAAGCUGAAAACGAAGAUGUUUUCUUUAAAUGUAGAUGAGGCAACAGAUGGAAACAUGGACAGGAUUCUGAAUGUUCUUGUUCGGUACUAUGAUGAAGAUGUGGGAAAAGUGGCAACCCAGCAUCUAGCCUCGAGGAAACUGAAUAUUGCAGAUGCCUUAACAAUCACAAACACAUUGAAAGAUAUUCUCCAGUCAUAUAGCCUGAACUGGAAUCAGGUUGUUGGUAUACUGUUGGAUAACUGCAGUGUGAUGAGAGGGAAAAAGUCUGGAGUAGAGACACUAGUCAGAAGAGAAAAUCCAUCACUGCUGGAUGUCAGCGGAGACACUGUCCAUAUGGUCUCGAAUGCAGCCAAGGCCCUUUUAAAUCCUUUCCAGGGAUUUGUGGAACAAUUUUGCUCUGAUGUAUACUAUGACAUUGAAAAAUCACCCAAACAGAAAGAAGUUUUUUCUGAGUUUCAGUCCUUACUUCAUUUGGAGAAUAAGAGCCUAAUACGUCCCAUCAGCAGCAGGUUCCUGCAAAUGUUGGAUGUGUGCAACAGAAUACGGGAGCUUAUGGAUCCAUUGACUGUGCACUUCUACAGCGUCCUGUCUUCUCAUGAUCAACACAAACACAGAUGGCUCCUGAACCAGCUUCUUGAUAAGCAUGCAGUUACAUCUGAUGAGAAGGCCAGGAUAAUUUGUCUGCAACAGCAAAUGGCAAAAUCUGCAAGGAUCGGAAGUGAUGUCAACAAAAAACGAAAGACACGCAUCUGUAUGCUUUUUUCAGAGUUCGACAAGCUCACAACCAUUAUUGAUUUGUAUCGAGGUGUACUUCCAACUUUUCAGGUGUUCCUGAAGAAGUUGCAACAUGAAAAGCCCAUGAUUCAUGUGCUGCAUGCUGAAAUGCUGCUACUGGUUAGGGAACUUCUCUCCAAAUUUAUGAAGCCUGAAACUAUUCCUUUGAGUGCAAAGGGCUUGUUGAAGCUUAAUGUUCACCAGAGAGACCUGCAGUACACUGACAAAAGGUUGUCUGUGGGGAGAUUCAGCUUCUUUGCCUUAAACAAGGCUAGAGUAGAAAAGAAGCCCUGGGUGCAGAAGGUCUACAGCUCUCUCAGAGAAGGCUACAUAAAGGCAGCAACAUUCCUCCUGAAAAACCUGCCCCUCAACAACAACAUCAUCACCUCUUUAUCUGCGCUGACACCAUCAUUGAUUCUCCAUGAAUCAGUCCAAGGUGCAUUCAACACCUUGGCCAAGGCCUUGCCAAAUGCUGUGAAGUCAGAGGAGUUGGGUCAACUGGAUGAAGAGGUUCGAGCCUACCAGAUUAAUACAGAUCUAGGGACACAGGCCAAAUGCUUUGAGGAGAACAACGCACGAAUCGAUGUUGACUGGUGGAGUAAGAUUUUCGCCAUGAAGAUGCCAGAAGGAGGAAUGAGGUUCCCCAUCUUAGGGAAGUUGGUAAAGGCUCUUCUGUCAUUGUUCACUGGCCCUCUUGUCGAAGGAUCAUUUAACAUGAUGGAUGAUAUAAUUGAGAAAGACAGGGUUAGGCUGAACAUUGAGACUUAUGAAGGCUUAGCCAUUCUCAAGUCCCACAUGAAGGUAAUGGGCAAAACUGCAUCUAAAAUGCAAAUUACCCCUGCAUUAAGGAGAUUUUGCCUGUCUUCUUAUGAGACAUACCAAAAUCAUCUGAAGAAAAAGAAGGUGAACCUUGACAAGCAAAAGGAAAGGAAACUGAGGGAAGCUGUGAAGGUGCUCUCAGCAGUUAGGAUUAGAAAAGUAAAGAAAGGUUCCACCUCUUCUGUUUGUGCUAAAGCCCCCACCUCUUCCACCCUUGGAGUUAAACGAAAAGCUGCUGCUACAGCCUCCACCCCUGCAGUUAAAGGCACUGCUGCUGCUACAGCCUCCACCUCUUCCGCCCUUGGAGUUAAACAAAAAGCUGCUGCUACAGCCUCCACCCCUGCAGUUAAAGGCGCUGCUGCUACAGUCUCCACCUCCUCCACUGCUGGAGUUAAAGGUAAAGCUGUUGCUACAGCCUCUUUCUCCUCCACCCCUGCAGUUAAAGGCAAAACUGCUGCUACAGUCUCCACCUCCUCCACUGUUGGAGUUAAAGGUAAAGCUGUUGCUACAGCCUCUUUCUCCUCCACCCCUGCAGUUAAAGGCAAAACUGCUGCUACAGUCUCCACCUCCUCCACUGUUGGAGUUAAAGGUAAAGCUGUUGCUACAGCCUCUUUCUCCUCCACCCCUGGAGUUAAAGGCAAAACUGCUGCUACAGCCUCCACCCCCUCCACCUCUCCUGGAGCCACUCCUGCACAUGUAGCUAGUCAAACACUAAAACGGGUGUCAGGUGUAGCCAAGCUUCAGGAAUAUGGUUUCACAGCCAAAAAGCAGAAAAAGUGAAAAGCACUCUAGAGACAUUUGCACAAGAAAAGCACUUUUUGGAAUUUAAUGGUGGUGCAGUUACUUUUUUUCCUGUUAAUUAUUAAUAGUUUCACAAAACAUUGUUUGGUGUUAUAAGAAACAUAAAACAUGCACUGAAAAU